AUGGGGAUAAGCUGGCUACGGGAUUAUCUGGUCAAUGAGUGGCAACAGUUGGAACAGGGAGAACAUGGACAAAAGGACAUUGAGCAGAAUGACACCAGAAACCUGCCCAGAAACUGUAGUAUUGGACUGUACACCCUCUUUGCUCCAAGGUCUUAUCAGAAGAGGAGAGUCCUCAGAGACAGACUCAAACUGCGACUCCACGCUCACCACCUGACACUGGAGAUCCAGCCAACAGCUGGGACUGCGGUUCCCCCAACCACUGUGACCGGAACUCAGGGACACUCGGUCUCCUUACAUCCUGGGAUCCCAGUCGGACCGGACAUUACUGAGGUUGAGUGGAGUCGGGUAUGGCCCAGAAACAGGAUUGUGAAGUACUCGAAUGGGAACAUUGACUACAGUAGUAAUGAGCUGUACAAGAACAGGAUAACCUUUCAUUCUGGGAACAUCAGUCUGGAAAUCCAUGAUCUACGGAGAAAUGACUCUGGUGAAUAUAUUGGGAUUUUUACAGCUGCAAGUUCAGGAGAUGAAAGUAAUACAACAGUGCGACUGGAGGUGUACGAGCCUGUGUCAGGAGCAAACAUCACGGUUCAGAACAUCACCGGGACCUGUAACCUCACCCUGACCUGUUCCGUGGCCUCUGGCAACCCCAUCAGCUUCAGUUUGUGGAGAGGAGGAGAAGUUACAGGAGACAACAACAGCCAUCACUUCUGGAGACACGAAGAGACGAUACAGGUUCAUUGCACAGCAGAGAUGGAGGAUGUGGUGUACGGGUGUAAGGCCAGCAACCCCAUCAGUGAGGACACCGCACAGGUCCGGCUGGGGAACGUCUGUAAUCUGGACACAUGUACUUCUAAACCAACAGCGGUGCCGAUUGCAGUGACCCUGGUAAUUGUACUGUCAGUGGCGGGGACCCUCCUGAUCUUUGCUCUCACUGUGAUCCUCAGGGUCACAUGGAGGAGAAGAGCUGAUGGAAGGGAAGGAACUUCAGGGACUGAAGACCAAGCGGAGACAGGCAUCAUUUACACAGAUCUUCAGUGGAUGCAGAAGAAUCGCAGUGUCGAGCAGCCCCCCAAGGGAAAUGACAGGUUUGCUGGUCCGGAGGUCGUUGCCGAGACUACCCCCACUGAGUACGCUGCGGUGAUGUACCGUGCCAGUCCCUCCCGUGGAUGGCCUGAGGACAGAGCCCCUGGACAGUAUCCUGUAGUCUAGGAUGGAUCGUCCCUCCCUUGGCACUGGAUCAAGGAGGGACAGACUCUCAGGGGGAUCUGCAUGUGGACUGGUGGCUUGAAGAUGCAGGUUUCCUCUCUGUCCCACUGUCGUGGUGGGGGGUGAGGUCUAUGGGACACGAGCAUGGCUGCUCUUUCCUGCUGUACUUAGAAAGUGUUGAAUGUUAGUUCAAUAAUAGUCACCAGUUUUGUCUGGUGGAAGAGAUUUUGUCAGAACGUGCCCCUGUAGACUAUCACCUUGAUUAAUCCUACUCAAACAGUAGUUAAUAGCUAAAUGAAUAAUGUGAGCCUGUGCCCAGUUUCCAAAUGCUCACCACUCUCCCAUUUUGAGUGAUCAAUUCUCGAACACAGGUUCACAGUGAUGGUGCAGAAUUAUCAGUGGGGAAAGAUGGGGAUCCAGGAGACUCUGUCAACCUUCUGCCAGAAGUCAGGAAGGGAAAAAAUAGGGCGGAGGGGAGAAGAUUUCAGAGUGACAUUGGAUUUAUGAGGAAUGGCUAUGAGGUGGGACUCAGUGGAGAACAGGGAUUUAAGAGAGGGAGAAAAAUGGAAAGGUUUAAGGGAGCAACAACACACACGAAGUGCUGGAAGAACUCAGCACGUCAGACAGCGUCUCUAUCGGGGAAUAAUAGUUGACGAUUCGGCUGACUGCUGCCCCAACUGCUAAGCUCCUCCAGCAUGAAGUGUGUGUUGCCCAAGAUUCCCAGUAUCUGGUUGUGUCUCGGGUUUAAGGGAGAGUGAGUUUUUGGAAAGUGAGGAGAACGAGAGACAGGGAUUUAAUAUAAAUGAUGCAAGGAUACAGCAUAGAUGGGGGGUGGCCAUGUUGUACAGGAUCUAGCCAUGUGAUCUCAUACACACCACAUGACCAUUCGAGUUCUCUACACCUCUCUAGGAUGUGGAAGGCAAGUCCAGAAGUUUAACCUCCUGGGAUCCAAGGCAAGUUGGUACAUUGAGUACAAAGUGAGCUUGGUAAUAGGAGGCAGAGAGUGAUAGUGGACUGUUGCUUUUGUGAUUGGAAGCCUAUGGCCACUUUCAUCCCAUCGGGGUCAUUACUGGACCCUGUGUGUGCGCGUUGGAUGCGGUGUUUCAUUGAUUUUAUUGUGUUUCUUGGAUUUACUGAGUAUGCCCUCAAGGGAAUUAAUCUCAUGUUUCUAUAUGGUGA